AUGGCCAGGCACCCGACAAAGGUGCUCCUCACCUCGCACCCCAAGUGCUUGAGGAUCCGUGGCCACUUGGUGUAUGAGGACGAGAUCAGGCGCACAUGGCUGCAUCUCGUCAUGGACACAGGUGUAAUGCAUGUACGGUUGCGCCAGGAAGACAUCCCCAGUGGGCAUAUCGCACUCACCCGCAGCCCGCUGACCUCGAGCAACAUGCCUUGGAUGUGGACGCUCCACUCUGGCAGCCAGUACGUGGACCCCAUGGGCCGGUUCUGGCACAUCGUAUACCACAUCAAGGAGUUUGGUGUGGAGGAAAUGAUCCUUCAGCUGAUGGAAGACUCUCAGGACACGUGA